CGGUUCCGCCGCUCCGGUGCGCCCGGGGCCGGCCCGCAGUGCGCCCGCAGCCGCCCCGGGGCUCCGGGGCCGCCGCUCCGCCCCGUGUCCGCGGCCCCGGCCAGAGAAAAGAACAAACGGCAAAGCGGAGCUGUGUGUGCAGCGCGGCCCUGGCCUCCCCUGCAUCCGCGUUUUGUUGUUUUGCCUGAAAGUUGGGAAGACCUCUCUGAUCACCAGGUUUAUGUAUGACAGUUUUGACAAUACUUACCAGGCGACCAUUGGAAUUGAUUUCCUGUCAAAAACAAUGUAUCUCGAAGAUCGCACGAUCAGGCUGCAGCUGUGGGACACAGCCGGCCAGGAGAGGUUCCGCAGCCUCAUUCCCAGCUACAUCCGUGACUCUGCUGUUGCUGUCAUUGUCUUUGACGUUACAACAGGUUCGGCUGCAGCUUUGGGACACAGCCGGCCAGGAGCGGUUCCGCAGCCUCAUUCCCAGCUACAUCCGCGACUCCACCAUUGCUGUGGUAGUCUAUGACAUUACAAACUUGAAUUCUUUCCAGCAAACCUCCAAGUGGAUUGAUGACGUCAGGACAGAGAGAGGCAGCGACGUUAUCAUCAUGUUGGUGGGGAACAAAACUGACCUGGCGGACAAGAGGCAAAUCACUACAGAAGAAGGUGAGCAGAGAGCCAAAGAGCUGAAUGUGAUGUUUAUUGAGACCAGUGCAAAGACUGGAUACAAUGUGAAACAGCUUUUCCGUCGUGUGGCUGCUGCCUUACCUGGGAUGGACAGCACACCGGAGAAGAGCAAAGAAGACAUGAUCGACAUCAAACUAGAGAAACCUCCCGAGCAGCCAGUAACGGAGAGCGGGUGCUCCUGCUAACAGCCCCGUUCUGCAGCAGCACAUUCCCUGACCAGCCAGUCUCACAGAAGAACAUCACUGCUCAUUUGGCUAAGCAACCCUACUUUGGGGGCUGAAAAACCAAUCUACUAAGCGAGUGAGCUCGCUGUUUACUAGUGGGGAGCAGCCCCGGCCACCCCUCUUACUGCAUGGUAUGAGCCCUGAGUGCAGAAUGAGUGUCCUGUCUUCUUAUUUUGGUUUAUUUUUAUGUUGUUGCACUUUGGCACUCUGGUGCCCUUUACACUCUCUCUCUUCCUCUCCUUCUCCUCCUCUUCCCCACCUCGAGCCUGUCUGCUCAGAUGUAUCUUGUGAAUGCCAUGGAAAAGCCACCAAGUUAGGGAAGACAAAAAGCAAAGCUUGGGGGUGGGCUUUCCGCCUUCCGCGCUGCCUCGCAUCGGAACUCCUUCCCGUCCCCUCCAGCCCCGUCUCUGUCCCACAUCCCCACUUCCUCCGGCGAAAGGCUGCUCCUUCUAAACUGGUCAGUUUGACUUGGCCUGGCCUUUCUGGACAAUACAGGUUGUCUGUUUCUAGGCUUUUGCUUCCUGCAGGGCACACACAAUCUUAGCUCCUCGGUUUCUCCUUUCUGUGGAUGAUCUUGGCUAACUCUCGCUCACGACUUCUGAGUUGUUUUGCCCCUCGUGUUACACGCAGCACUGGAAACCCCCAGACUCUGAUAGCUUUGGCCUUGUUGCUCCUGUUUGUGUAGCAGAGACGUCCCACAGGCUGCUCUCCUCUGUUGGAAUCUCUUCCCCGCCAGAGAACGCUGGUGCUUGGCGAGUGUUGACUGUGGGAUGUGGGGAAGGAAGAGGGUCCAGAAGCUUUGCAGAGUGGGGAGGGAGAUCCUCAGGGUGGGUUGUGGAGACCUGGGCCCUGUCUGUCGACAGCGGAAGCGAACGGUUUGCCUGGAAUCCAUCACGACAGGGACAACACCUGCCCUGACCUGGAGUCAUGGGUGCUGAGCAGGAGCUUUCCUGGGCUCUGUGCUCAUUGUCACGCAGACUGGGAGCUGCUUCACAUGGAGCUGCAGCAGCCAGGAGGCCAGGGGUAGCUGUGCUGCUCUCACACGUAGGUUGCUGCAUGCAGAAAGUGUACGGAGCUGCUGCCCCCUUUGUUGUGGGCCUCUGGAGCCGGGGGGCAGUAGCCUUUUCCCUUUUGGAGCAGAGCUAAGCUGUAACGUUGCCAAGGCUGAGAUGAGCGGUGGCAGGGAUUUGUUGUCAGACCCGCGCAGAGGAGUGCAGGAAUGUGUGCUGCUGGAGUGACCUUUGGGGCCACUGCUCAGCUUGGAGGUUUGGAAAUACCUCCUCUUCCCCCUGCCCCUUGUUUCUAAUUACGUUAACAGCUUUUCAGAGACUGGUCCUGGGUUUCUUUUUGUCUGUCUGUCCUAACCAGAAGUCGGUAGGCUUAUCUGUUGACAGAGAGGAGAACAAACCAGUUCUGUUAUUUUCAUCAGCUGGCCUGUGUCAUGCUGACGGGGGAUGUGAGCGGGCAGGAGAGCCAGUGGGACAGGUGGGCACAGCAGCGCUUGGUGGCUGGUGACACUUCCCGAGCAGGACGCCUGUAGGUCACUGACACAAUGCACGCACUUUGAAGCCAAGGGAGGGGAGGGGGCAGCCCGGGAGCGGGAGCUGAGGGUCCCAGUGUCGGCGUGCUGGUGGCAAGUUGGUGACUGCCCUGUCCUGCCCUCGGGCUGAGCUGGGCUGCAGGAGGAAGCUGGGAUGUCAUUCCCCAUUUCACUCUGGAUUGUCCCCCCCCUUUACCCCCCAGCGCCGGCGGGAAGCUCAGCCCCCUCCUCUGUACAUACCCCUGUCGUGUGGGAAUUGCUGAUGUUUGUCGGUGUGUCCAUGUCUGCCGUAGAACAGGUUUUUGCCGUCCCCUUCUCACAGGCAGGUGUGCACUGCUCUGCUGUCGUGUUGUUCCCAGUCAUGGGCCUGGGGGGAGGGAUUGGGGAGACCCUAAGUACCGGGGGGAGUUAACUAGUGAAAGAAAAUAGUUCACUUCCCGCUGUCUUCUCUAUGGAUGUGUAUAAUAUUGAGUGUGUGUCUGGCCCUGCUGUCUCCUAGCUGUUCCCCUGUAAGCGUGACUAUUACUCUGAGUAUGGACUGUCUGACCACAGCCGUGUAUCACACUAAAUAAAGUUAUUUCACCAACA